AUGGACCAGUGGAUUAAAGAGGAACUUUCUAAAUGCCUAUUAUUCGAUGUACCGGAUCCAAUGGUCAGCUUCAUCCGUGGCAUGGCAAACAUUCAAGAGAUUGACGAGUACUUCCGAUCGUUGCUUGACUUCAACGACCCCCAACACGUGGCAUUCCUCGGUGAUCUGAAGUUCAAGCUAUGUGGUUCGCAAAACGACAAACCGGUGCAACCCUUAAAAGGUGCAACGUCGAAAGCGGGAGGCAAGAACAAACAGCCACCGAAACAGCAAAACCAGCAGCAAGCAAAGGGAUCGAAAUCUACUUAUAACGGUGGGCAAGUAGCCACAACGGCGACGAAGCCGGCGAUGGUUGCAAAGCCCCCGGAAACCAGCGCGAAGAAGAAAACGAAGUACGUCAACCUUUACGGACAAGAUGGUGAACUUGCGGACGUGGCAAUCCUCAAAGGACGCCACCACUGCGAUUGUCAGGCGUCAAAGCAUCGGCUAGUUAAUAAUUGCAUUCACUGUGGUCGAAUUGUGUGCGAACAAGAAGGCAGUGGACCAUGUCUGUUCUGUGGCAGUCUUGUCUGUACCGAGAGCGAACAGCGGCUAAUUGAUGGCGCUUCGCGUAAAGGAGACAACCUACGGCGUACUCUAAUGGAGCAAACCAGACCAGCUGGUUGGGAAGAAGCACUUGCCACACGCAACCGGCUACUCGAGUACGACCGUAACAGCGAAAAACGAACGACCGUGAUUGACGACGAGUCGGACUACUUUAAGACCAACUCGGUGUGGCUGUCGGAUGCAGAACGGCAAGCGGUAGAACGGCUUGAAGCGCAGGUGCGAGAGAAUCGCCACGCCAGUCGGCUAUCACGGAAGAUAACGCUCGAUUUCGCCGGCCGUCAGGUGUUGGACGAGGCACCGAUGACGGAUAGUGAGCUGCAGGAGAUUUUAAAGCGUGCGGAUCAGAUUGGCAUCGGGCAAACGGUGCCACUAAGCGGACCAGUGGACAACGAAAAUACCGAUCCGGAUUGGUCACAGGCGAACGAAAAUGUCCAUCCAGGACUCGUCGGGCCGGCACCGACGUUCGUGAACACAGGCAGACUAACUGACCGACCUGCGGGAGUAAUGCGCCCUCAGGGAUUUGAUGGCAUUUAUAGUCGAGUGCAGGAUAAAGAGUUUCUCGAAAUGUCCGAUCAACGACACUGUUUAUCGAUGCAUCAACCGUGGGCAUCGUUACUGGUGGCCGGUAUCAAACGCCACGAAGGUCGAACAUGGUACUCAUCACACCGUGGUCGAUUAUGGAUUGCGGCCACCGCGAAACCCGUCUGUCCGGAGACGGUGCGGGAACUGGAAGCGUUCUACCGUCAGCACUACAACGACGAGAAAAUAGAAUUUCCCACUCAAUACCCGUCCGGAUGCUUGCUCGGUUGCGUUUCGGUGCAGGAUUGCCUGCCACAGGAGGAGUAUCGGAAGCAACACCCAUCCGGCGAAUCCGACAGCCCUUUCGUGUUCGUGUGCAGCGUACCACAAACGCUACCGGUUCAGUUCCCUAUCAAGGGCGAGCAUAAGAUCUAUAUGCUUGACUCAAAGAUCCACCAGGCAGCAGCGCUCGUACUGCAAAGGCUCACACAACGCAAUAAGGAUCAGCCAGAAUGAGGCGUACAACGAUUUAUCAUAUUCCGGUAAUGCUUGCAAAUUGUAUCAGUAUUAUGUGCUUGCAACAAAAAAGGGUCCCUGGAGGAUCAAUCUGUGUAGCGUAUUUUCCAAUAUAUAACUGAGAAUUAUAAUUUACAGCAUCUCGAAACAAUUCAAUGGGUUGAGGAGAAAAGCGUGUUCAUACCUUCGAUUGGUUCUGCUCUGCACUGUAAUAAUGUCAGUGAUUCAAGCAAGAUAAAAUCUAUUAAUA